UACCUACCUACUACCUAGUACCGUGCUAGUACCUACCUACCUAUUCAAUGAUGCGCAAUUGUGCAUAUUUUGUUUAUCUAUUAGUCAUUAGUUAUAACUAAGUAAUGGUAUAACAAUUUUAAUGUAUAGUGAAUUUGAUUAUGGACGAUUUAAGGUUGCUAAGCAUCAUUAUCGUGUAAGACUUAGUGUUUGAGUUCGAUGUUGUCGACUGUCGAGUGACGUGAUUGUUUACGGCGGCAACGCCUCUUUAGACCCUAAGAAAGCUGAAAGACUUAAAAUUAACAGUUAACUCGUGAGCGGUGAGACCGACACAUAGUUUCUCGUGGCCGCGCAUUCUCUUUCGGUUCUCACACAUCUAAACUAGCGGCUUGCGAACGAGAGCGCCGCGACUGUUGAAUAACCUGGGGUGUGACGUCAUCGGCUAGUGAGCGCACGCCCGUGUUUUUAAAAACUUCGGCCGAACAUACGCAUUUUGAUCGUGGGCAGCGGGCGGCGGGCAGCCAUGUCGCGGAAGGCGGGCGCGCAGGGCACGCUGCACAAGGUGAUCAUGGUGGGGUCGGGAGGGGUGGGCAAGUCGGCGCUCACGCUGCAGUUCAUGUACGACGAGUUCGUGGAGGACUACGAGCCCACCAAGGCUGACAGCUACAGGAAGAAGGUCGUGCUGGAUGGCGAGGAGGUUCAGAUCGACAUCUUGGACACAGCGGGCCAGGAGGACUACGCCGCCAUCCGGGACAACUACUUCCGCUCUGGAGAGGGCUUCCUGUGCGUCUUCUCCAUCACUGAGCCCGAGAGCUUCGACGCCACGCAAGACUUCCGUGAGCAGAUCCUGCGCGUGAAGAACGACGAGAACAUUCCGUUCCUGCUGGUGGGGAACAAGUCGGACCUCGCGGACAAGCGGCGCGUGCCUCUGGACGCGUGUCGCGAGCGGGCCGCCGCCUGGCGCGUGCCCUACGUCGAGACCUCGGCUAAGACGCGCGACAAUGUCGACAAGGUGUUCUUCGACCUGAUGCGGGAGAUCCGCUCGCGCAAGUCGGACGACAGCCGCGCGCUCAACGGCGACGUGCGUGCCAAGAAGCGCAGAAGGAUUAAGUGCGCCAUCUUGUAGACGCCGUGCGACGCGCCCUCGUCGCCGAAUGAGGAAGGGAGAGAGACUGUGCACGUCCGCCGACCGCUCCUGGUGUUGUGUCCGUUGCAACUGCUUUCGAUAUUGUAUAGUAGUUAUAUUAUAUAAUCUGUAUAAUGUUAGCUAUUGAGCUUUUUACUAUUGUAUCCUAGAUUUUAUAAUGGUUAGGCCAUGGAAGCUUCGGCUACACUGGCAACCCCUCGACCGGUCGCUCCUUGAACGACCUUGAACCUUGAUAUCGCUAUCCAAUGUGGCCGGCGUGCGUGCGGUGUUGCCGCUCCGUGCACGCUACAUCUGAACCCUGAAGCGAUGGUGCGUAUAUUCCAGACCAAACACAAUUUAUCGAUAUAUUGUCGAUAUAUAUUGUUCACGAACUUCCCGCGGUGAUCACACUCCUGCCAGUUGCCGCGGGCAGCUAGUGCUUGACAUAAUAUGUACGUGACGGUGCGAGGGCCGCCCUUGGUUGCGAGUCACGUCGAGCGCCACAUUCUGAAUGUCUGUUGUAAUAUUAUUGUAAUUUAUCAAUAUAGUUAAUGUAAUUGAGGGAAAUAACUUUGUGGCAAAAAUUUUAUUUCCAAAAAAAAGUGUAUUGCGAAUGUAAUUCAAGGUUUGUUUGUAUGUCGUCCGCGUCGCCCCGGGCGAGAUAUACAGGAGCACGUGAAUCUUUUACAUAAAAAUCAAAAUUAUUGAAUAAUUUAUAAAAAUUUAAAUAAGUGAAAUCUUAAAAAUGUUGCGUUAUUUCUGCUCAAUUUUUAGAAUUGAGCUUGAAAAACAUUAGAAAGUAUAAUUUUAUUUUCAGUUGAUCUUUGAACAAUUUUGAUUCUUAAACAAAAAGCAUAAAAUAAGUAUGUGUGUGUGUUGGGUGGCGCUCGGGCAUGAGCGAGGCAGUAUGUCGUGUCGUGUAUAUGUGUGUAUAAUGAAUGUAAUUUAUUAAUUUAUGGUCAACGAGUACGCAAUGUAUAUCGAACACGUUUUGAAUGUUUAUAAUGAAACCAGAUAAUUACAACAAGCAACAAUAUAAUUAUUUGCAACAAAAA